AUGUCCACUUUUCAUCGAUUUCUGAUCAAUGAGAUUUCAAGGCUGAGGUUACAGGGAUUAUCAAUCUUCAUUCUACUAUCACUCUUCCUCGGAAUCUACCUUUGGAACCGACAUCGUCAUCGUGUGAGACGUGGACCUACACGAACCAUACCUUCUCUUCUGUUCACUGCACCUACCAAUACGGACCCUUAUGCCGAAGAACCUUUCAGUUAUACCAUCCUCCCUGCAACUCAAACUACAUACUCAAAUCAACAUGACGCGGAAUGGGAGCUUCCCCUUCACACUUCAACUCUCAGAGCGAACCGACAUUUGAGAGGCAAACGGGAUGAUUGGGCAGAGGCAGAAGUGGAUUCACCCGGCUUGACAAGACGUGAACAUGAGGAUUAUCCUUUUCACUCUCAAGUUCCUCGCCACCUUUCAUCCGGCGGGAUGAUCACUUCGCCUUCUGACAAGGAAGAUCCGAGGGAAGGGGAUAGGGUAAUGCGAGAAACACCUUGGGGACCGACUCGAAUCGAGAAUCCUUUCGAGGGGGGAGAUGAGACUAUGAGAUUGAGCCCGGAUAUGAGAAGUGUAUCUGAAAGGGAUGAUGGUGACAGUGCGGAAGGUAGUGGGUCGAGUUUAGAAAGAAGCGUUAGGAUCGGGGAGAAACAAGGGGAUGGAAGUAGGUUCGUGGAGACCUUUUCAACAGAGUCAUUGGUUUCUUCAUGA